GGAAUUUGUUUACCUUAAGGUGGUGACUUCUUUCAACAUUCGAUUUGAUCCCAUGAAGGGCCAAACACGCCACUGAAAUUCAAGACAGCAAAACCUUCAAAAUUUGCACGGGACUCCAUUUUUCUUUUGUCAUUUUCCAGAAUAACAGGUUAUCUAGAUUUCUUUCAAUCUCUUCUAGACUUCGGUUUCCUAUUUUGCCCAAAUAUGAAAUUCCAAGAACGAUGUACACUUGCAGCCUUGCUGUUGGUUUUAUCUGGCUUUUGUGUCAUUGAGGGUGUCACACAUCUGCCUAUGAAAGAAUGCGAAGAAGCUUUUGAGCAAGAAGUCAAAGACAAAGUUCUUCUUAAUCAUGUGUUUCACUUAGUCGAAGCAUUUAGCCCUGACCUUUGUUUAAUUAUGUGUAACUUCUAUAUAUAUUGUAUUUCCUAUAACUUUGGCCCUUCAGUAGAUAUGCCAGGUUGGACACUAUGUGAGCUCAAUGAUGCSGACAGAUACAUUUUCCCAAAKGAUUUCAWAGACAAGAAAGGCUUUUCAUACAGAGAAAGAAAGAAUCCAUGCUUGAAAAACGGACCUUGCAAAGGAAACAAGACUUGUGCGCGGCUACAGUGUGACCUGAAGCAGUUCACUUGUAUCUGCCCAAAAGGAUAUUUUGGCGAGAACUGUGAAAAGGAUGUUGAUGAGUGUGCUGACAAAUAUGCCCACAAAUGCAAACUUGAAAACCCAGGUGUCCGUUGUGAAAACACUCCUGGGUCUUACAAGUGCGUUUGCUCAGAAGGUUACGUCGGUGAUGGGAUCAACUGUACGAAAAUGGUGUCAUGGAUCAAGAUAAACGUAGCUCCUGUGUGCGUUGGAGUAAGAGAUGACAGCUAUGGGACGGUUAUUGUUCCUUUUGAUGUAAAAGUGAAACAGUUCAAGCUCGUUCAUCUCUCGGGGGGAGUUUCCGCGUUUAGCCCUUCAGCGGUCCAAAACUGGGGAGAUAAUACGUUUCCGCAUUUUCUUCAUUUGGUAAUUACUGACGAGAAUAAUGAUCUAAUUGCACCUUAUCCAGGCUAUCCCAGAUAUUACAAGUAUCAUCUUACCAUUGACAACAUAAUUGUGUCAAGUCAGGAAUUAAUUUUUCCUAUUUCUGAUCCUCCUUUGACACUAAAGAAGGAUGAUAAACUCAGGGUCUGGUUUACUAGAGAUCUUCACAAUGCUGGCGAACAUAGCAGUUACGGUAAAACAUGCUGUGAUUUGUAUGUUUACAAUGUGUAAGAAUACGGAUUAAGUCGAUAUGCAAGACUAUAAUUAACCGCAUUAUUGCCCCCUGCCAGUCCCAUAGAGCAAAAACCCGAGGGCGGACAUUUAACAAUUACAGUGAGUGUCUGUAAAUGCCUAGAUAAUAAACCAAUGUUUGUAGGUUGCUGCGUAAGUAUAUACUAAAUAACAGUAAUCUAGAGUAGAUACAGAGCAUACCAAAAAAAUUAAAAAAUUUCGACAAAUCAAGCCAAGGACGGCGCUUAAGGCCUAAUUGCAAUUUGCAAACAGAGAAAUGUAAAUGAUUAAUAGUGGCAUGGAUUAAUAGAUAUGACAAAUCUUAUUUCAUGUAAUAUAAUUUAAAGUAACUAGUCGCCUGAUAAAUUAAGCUCAUGAUAAUAUUUGAUUUUCGUUUUUCCAAUAACACAUAACUUGUAAAUAGUUGUAGGCGUGGUACAAAUAAAGUUGCUGCUGUUA